GAAGCCAUUUUUCCCCAUCAAAGCAAGGGGAUUUUUUUUUUUUUUAAAAGACCCCACACAUUUUGGGUGCAUUUUUAAAUACGGGAAUUACUGUGAGCGAAGGUUACAGACAGCCAACCAGCAAUGCCCUUGUUUCGGGCCUCACCCGGCAUGAAGUCUGGGUCCAGGCAGAGGAAAAUGACGACGGGGAGGAGGAGGAACCAGCGUGAUGAAGAUGGCUCUGUUCUCUCCCUGACCCGCCUGUGUCUCCUGAACCUGGCUGACAACAUGAAGGGAUUCUGGGUGAAGGACUACGCUGAGAAGUACUUGGACCAGUACCACUUCAGGCACAUCAUGGGACCUUUCAAUGUCCUUUCGGGUGAGCUGGUCGAGGAGCUGACAUGUCUGCUGUGCUCCAGAAAGCAGUUGUCCCGAGCGGCCCUGCACCUCCUGUUGGUUCCCCAGCUCCGCAGCCUCUCUUUUGGAAGCUGUCCUGGCCUGGCCACCUCCGCAAUCUGCACCCUCAUCGCCGCACGGUGCCAGUGUCUGUAUAGUUUGGACCUGUCUGGAGCCCAGCAGCUGUCAGCCCAGGUCCAGUCUUCCAUGUUCAGCUGUCUGCCCACCCUGCGCUCCCUCUCCCUGGCUGGCACCCUCUGUGACACACGGGUGAUCAAGACACUUGCCUACUACUGCCCUUCUCUACGCCACCUGGUCGUGUCUCACUGUCACCUCCUUUCCCCUGCAGCACUGCUUCCUCUUGCGGGUGGUGCUUUCUCCUCAUGCUCUGACGGUCCAUCUGGUUUAUCUUUUCUCAGCAGUUCUGCAUGUCAUUCCUCUGUUUCUCUGUCCUGUUCUCAACCGUCCUCCUCCUCCUCCUCCUCCUCCUCCUCCUCCUCCUCCUCCUCCCCCAAACACCACCCUCCACUCCCCCUCAAAAGUCUCUUGGCCCUGGAUAUUGGAUUCGGGGAGGAAAAGGGAGACCCUGCAGCAGCUGCAGCCUACCUCCUGCUCUCCUUGCCCUGCCUGGAGAGUGUGGCAAUGGCGGGACUUGCUCAGGCCUUUUGCAUCAUCCACCGCAGAGAAUUCAGCCAAACAGAUGCGUUCACUGUCAGAGAAUCAGUGUCGAAGCUGGAGGAAGUGUGGAGGCUGAGGCAGGGGACAGAGAGUGGGAGGAAGAUGGAGGCAGGAGCAGCAGAUGAAGAAGAAGAAGAUGAGGAGGAGGGGGUACUGUGGGAGCAGUAUGAGAGCGAGAGUGAUGAUGAUGCAAGCAGAGAUGAAGAGCCGGGUUAUCUUUUGAGACCGGGAGAGGAAAGGAGGAACUGGGGAAGAGGGAUAGCAGAGAAAGACAGGUUGGCGUCAGGGCCAGGUGACGAAAGCCCGAUUCUGCGUCUGAGGAAUGUCCAGGGCUUAUCUUUUGCCUCCCUGGAGACUGUAGUCCAGUUGUGUCCAGAUAUCCAUUCCCUGUCUCUCGACUUUGAUGAAGAUGAAGACACUGGAGGAAGAAGCCAGGUGUCCCUGUUAGCUGAAGGCCUGCAGAGCUGGUCAGGCCAGCUGCAGAGCCUCUCAAUACGUUACUCUAGACCUCUGGUGGAUCUCCUCCCUGCCCUGCAACUCGUGGGCUCCUCCCUGCUCUCUCUCACCCUGGAGGGGGUGAAAACCAGUCCCGACAGUCCCCUACUGGAGGUCAUCAGGGCCUGUCCCAGACUCAAGCACCUGCUCAUCUGUGCAGAUCCUCCCACCACUCCUCUUUAUGUUCAGGAUCUUCAGGAAGAGGAUGAUAGGAACUAUCCAUUUCUGCCUAACCUCUGCUCUCUCACACUCAAUUUCUCCUACGACCACAGCCAGAUGAAGCCCGUCAUGUCCUGGGUGUCCCUGACGAGGGUGCUGUGGUGUCUCCUGGCUGGUUCUCUCUUACUGGAGAAAGUGUCGCUGGUCGCCCUGCCUUGCCCUCUGGACUUGGUUUUAAAAAACACAAUGGCCUGGAACCUUUCUCUGAACCCACACCGCGCUGCGAAUUCCUCACACGUCCCCGCCCGGCCGCUCAGACGCGUACAGCACCUCGUCCUGUCCCGCACCAACGUAACCAUGGACACGGUUAAACAUUUGGUGCAGUCUUGCAAACAAAUCAAGCAUGUGGAUUUGGCCGGCUGUUGGGAAAUCACCCAACGCGAUUUUGCGCGUUUCCAGGCGCUCAGAGUAGUCGAGCUUGUCUGGCAGUAGUGAGGAGGGGACGGGAGGACGUCCAGUAGAGCAGAAACACAGGCACAAGAGCACAGAGACUCACAGCAACCUCUGCACUUACAGCACAGCACAUCUUGACAAUUGAACUUGUGAGUGUGGUUUUAGCCUCUGUGAGAGGACUUUAAUGAGUUUGGCCAACAGGAGGCGACAUGUUAUCACUUUAAGCAGCCUCAGGAAGAUGACUCAACAACUCUAUGAAGUUUCUGAUGUCAGACCGGAUAUGAAUGCGAGAGUGUGUCCUUCAGUCUUCCCUUCUUUCUUACAAUACAUCACCUGUGGUUUUCAAGAUGACUUUGAUUGUCACACACCACUUUCUGCCCCAUCAUAUUGAGAAAAAUCCCAUUCUUCACAUGGGAUAGACAUUCCCAAAGAAAAUGUUUUCUACCUUUCAUCAUUCAGUGUUAAACCGGCUGUGCCUAAUAUCAAAAUAUGUGCUUUGAAUGAUUAAUUUGAAAAUACACUUUAAAGAUUGUGCACUUUAAAGACUGCAUUAAUUCACUGAAUUAAAAUAGUAUGUAUAUUUUUAUUGUCUAAGUUAUAUCAUUCUAAAAUGUUAUGACUCCAGUUGUAUUUAUUUUGAUUCUUGUGUAAGUAAAAGCCUUACCUGCCCUAUUGACACAGAUUGAUCUUUCUCACUUUUUCACACUGUGAGCAAGUCUGUUUACUUGCCUGUUUACUGUGCAAGACAUCUUUUGAAGUUCUUAUAUAUAAAAAAGUUCAAUGUACAGUAUAUGAUUAAAAACAUGCAAUAUUGUGCCUUCAAUCAGUAAUCUUGGCAACAGUGUCUUACUGACUUUUUUUUAUUAUCAUUAUUGGAGGGGGGCAUCAUCAUUAUUGUAUGCCUCAAGUUAGCUGGAAUAUAUUU